AUGAUCGAGACCUUCCUCAAGGAGACUAUUCCCGGGGUCACUUCCACCUCGACUGUGGCGCCCAUUCCCACCGUCGUCCCGGGCAGUGAGCCCAUUUUCCAGGAGAUCCACGAUACUGGCAAACGCACAUUAUGGGUUGUCACCGUGCUCAUGGCCCUUUCCUCCCUGGUCUUCUACGUCUUGGGAGCUCGUGUGCCACUGAGCAAGCGCGUCUUCCACACCCUCGUCUCCCUCUCCGCCACCAUCUCCUUCAUCAUCUAUCUCGCCCUCGCCACCGGUGGCGGCAUCACCUGGAAAGUCGACACCGUCAAACUGCACAACAAGCAUGUGCCCAACACGCACCAGGACUACUUCCGCCAGGUGCUGUGGUUGCGCUACGUGCUGUGGUUCCUGACCGAGCCGCUCAGCCUGAUUAGCUUGAGUCUGCUGUCCGGUCUUCCCGGAGCUCACCUGCUGGUGGCCAUCGCCGCCGACUUCGUCAUGCUGGGCUCGGGUCUGCUGGGCACCUUCGCCGGCCACACCUCGCGCCGUUGGGUCUGGUUCACCCUCAGUGCCAUCGGGUACCUGACGACCGUGUACCACAUCAGCGUGAACGGGGCCCGCGCCGCCAGCAACAAGGAUAACCAGACCCGCAAGUUCUUUGGAACCAUCUCCGGCGUGACUCUGUUGGUGAAGGUCCUGUUCCCUGUCACCAUCGCCGCAGGCGUUUUGGCUCUGAAGAUCAAUGUCGAUGUGGAGACUAUUCUCUUUGCCAUCUACGAUAUCUUCUCCCAGGGGCUGAUCGGAUAUUGGCUGAUCAUUGCUCACGACAGCGCUCCGGGAAUCACUCUCAACGUGGACGGUUUCUGGUCCAACGGUAUCGGCAACGAGGGCGCCAUCCGUAUCGGUGAGGAUAACGGAGCUUAA